AUGCCACCGAAAAAAUCUAACCUCAACAACGAGCGGAGCAGAGAGGCACGACGCAAACGUGUUGAAAUAGCUCAUAAGUCGGCAGAACAAAUCACAACAAGAAAUGCAGCUCAAAGAAUCAGGACAGCAGAGGGUCGUGCACAAGAAUCUCAAGAACAGCAUGAAGAACGUCUGCGAAAGACUAUUACGAGAACAAGAGAGGCACGAGAACGAACCAUAGCUGCAGCACGAAUACAAGAGCGACAGAGGCAGCAGACCAGCCGCUCAUUAAUACGUGCAUCAUUUGUUCGUCUUGCUUUCGAAUAUGCACCAGAUAUUAACUACUCUGCGCAUCCAAAAAUUGGUAUCGGUGCAAUGGAUAAAGUAUGUCAGUAUUGUCAGGCAUUGAAAUUUCGGAAUGAAACACCCGGCAUGUGCUGCGCAUCAGGAAAAGUUGUGCUAUCACCUCUACCCACUCCGCCGGAACCUUUAUUAUCCCUUCUUGCUGGCGAGUCAGACGAUUCAAAAUUAUUUUUGCGUAAGAUACGCAAAUUUAAUUCUUGCUUCCAAAUGACGUCAUUUGGGGCAACUAAAAUUUGCGAUCUCGCAUCCAAUGGGCGUAAUUUUGAAACUACAUUCAAAGUACAAGGCCAGGUGUACCAUAAAAUCGGAUCAUUGUUGCCAAUGCCUGAUGAUGAUCCAAAAUUUCUUCAAAUUUAUUUUAUGGGCAAUCGUGAAGAGCGCGUGACAGCUCGGUGCCAGUAUAAUUUCAUUGACCAAGCAGAGGAAAGAGGGAUUGUGAUAUUGCUGGAAAAUUUUUUAGACGAUCAGAAUCAACUAAUUCGAUUGUUUAAAAGAGUUUCGCCACGAUUGCAAAAUGACAACUAUCAAAUCGUCAUAAAAGCAGACAAAGUACCAUUAGGUGAACAUGCUGGCAGAUUCAACGCUCCAACUGUUGAUGAGGUUGCCGUUAUUAUGGUUGGUGAUCCAGUUGACAAAAGAGCCAUAAAAAUUACACGGCGAGACAACACUGUCAGUACGAUUUCGGAUCUACGCCGUUCAUAUGACGCACUGCAAUAUCCAUUAAUAUUUUGGCAAGGACAGGAUGAAUAUCACCUUAACAUCAAACAGUGUAAUCCAAAUACCGGUGCUGAAGGAGAUAAAAAAGUUAGUUCAAUGAACUACUACGCACACAGAUUGAUGGUUAGACUAAAUCAGAACAACUAUAUCCUUCGAUAUCGUCAGCUAUUCCAUCAAUACAUUGUUGAUAUGUAUGCUAAGGUUGAAAGCGAACGAUUGCGGUUCAUUCGAUACAACCAGGCUAAAUUACGAUCGGAAGAAUACAUUCACUUACGAGAUGCUGUUGUUGGAAAUAUCGAUGGAAAUUUAAACCCCAAUGACAUCGGUAAUACUUUCGUUUUACCUUCAAGCUACAUCGGCAGUCCACGGAACAUGCAGGAAUACAUACAAGAUGCAAUGACUUACGUACGUCAUUACGGCCGACCAGAUUUGUUCAUUACAUUCACAUGUAAUCCGAAUUGGAAAGAGAUACAAACUUUACUAUUACCAGGACAACAAACAAUUCAUCGUCAUGAUAUAACUGCACUUUUUGGUAUCACACGUUGUUGGCUGUAUUCGAUUGAGUGGCAAAAGCGAGGUUUGCCUCAUGCCCACAUUUUAAUUUGGCUUCAAGAUAAAAUCCGUUCUGAAGAAAUUGAUCAAAUAAUUUCAGCCGAAAUUCCAGACCCAUCAAUUGAUCAAAAAUUGUUCGAUAUUGUUACCAAACACAUGAUCCACGGACCGUGCGGUGCUUUCAACAUGACAUCACCAUGCAUGGAAAAUGGAAAAUGCAAGAAAAAUUUCCCAAAGCCGUAUACGAAUGACACUAUCACGGAUAUUGAUGGUUAUCCAAUGCAUCGCUGCAGAAAUACUGAUAAUGGUGGCCACACAUUCACAAUGCGACUGCCGAAUUUUACAAAUCAAGUAGAAUUUGACAAUCAGUGGGUGGUACCAUACUCACCAUUACUUUCAAAAACUUACGAGGCUCAUAUCAAUGUCGAGCUUUGCAGUUCUGUAAAAUCAAUUAAAUACAUUUGUAAAUAUGUAAAUAAAGGCAGUGAUUUGGCCAUAUUUGAAGUACAAAAUAUAAAUAAAAAUGACGAAAUAACACGAUACCAAAUGGGUAGAUACAUUAGCAGCAACGAAGCUAUUUGGCAUAUUCUUAUCUUUCCCAUACACGAAAGAGACCCUUCUGUCCAGCAUCUAGCAAUACAUCUUGAAAACGGUCAACGAGUAUACUUCACUGAAGAAAAUGUUUUCCAAAGAGCGCUUGAGGCUCCAAAAACGACACUAACUGAAUUUUUUACAUUGUGUAAAAAAUCUGAUAUUUUUGGCCAAUUCGCAAAGACAUUGAUAUAUAGUGAUGUUCCACGUUAUUUCAUAUGGAACAAAUCCGGUAAAAAAUGGGAGCCACAAAAACAAGGAAAACCACAUCCUUCCAUUACAGGCAUAUUCAAAGCUAAGACAUUGGGGCGGCUUUACACGGUACAUCCGAAGCAACGUGAGUACUUCUAUUUACGUUUGUUAUUGGUGAAUGUUCCCGGACCAACGUCUUUUGAAUUUUUGCGAACAUUUAAUGGCCGAGUAUUCAAUACAUACCAAAAUGCAUGCCGUGAACUGCAUUUGCUAGAAGACGAUAACCACUGGGACUUUACGCUUGCUGAUGCUGCGUUGACAACAACGGCCAAUAACAUUCGUCAGCUGUUUGCAAUUAUUUUGAAGACAUGUUAUCCAUCGCAAGCACAAACUUUGUGGGAAAAAUAUAAAAAUUGUAUGACAGAAGACAUAUUGCACCGAAUUAGACAAACAGAUCAAUGCCAAAACAUUGAUUAUACGCCACAGAUGUAUAAUGAAGCGUUAGUGCUGAUCGAGGAUUUAUGUGUUUUAAUUUCAAAUUUACCACUUAAUCACUAUGGUAUGCCAUCACCUGAUCGCCCAGCCACCGACUUAGGCAACACCGAUUUACAACGAGAAAAAUAA